AUGCCUCCCAAAGCUGCCGAGAAGAAGCCCAGCACUGGUGGCAAGGCCCCUGCUGGAAAGGCCCCCGCUGAGAAGAAGGAAGCUGGCAAGAAGACCGCAGCUGCUGCCUCGGGCGAGAAGAAGAAGCGCGGCAAGACCAGGAAGGAAACCUACUCUUCGUACAUUUACAAAGUUCUUAAGCAAGUCCACCCCGACACUGGUAUCUCUACUCGUGCUAUGUCUAUCCUCAACUCUUUCGUCAACGACAUCUUCGAGCGUGUCGCAACCGAAGCCUCAAAACUUGCUGCCUACAACAAGAAGUCGACAAUCUCGUCGCGAGAGAUUCAGACAUCUGUGCGACUCAUUUUGCCUGGUGAACUCGCCAAGCACGCCGUGUCGGAAGGCACCAAGGCAGUGACGAAGUACUCAUCUUCCGCCAAAUAG